CCCGCCCCCUCGGCCCGUCCCGGGGAGGGGAAAGGGGGCGGGCAGCACAGGGGGUGUGACAGCUCCCGCCCGGCCCAGUGCCAGCUGCAGCCUCGCUUCAGUGCCCCGUGCCAGCUGGCUUUUUCGUCUGGGACGAAGGCAGAGGCUCGGGGCUCCUAGUCCUGAGGGGAGGAGGGGCCGCCCCCCACGCCCCCAGCUCUCUAGUCACCCAGGGGAGCCUCUCCACCCAGCACUGCAGCUUGCUGCACUGGCAGCAGGUCUGCUCAGAAUCGUCCCUGUCCACGCGCUGGGACCUAAGCCCCGCACCACGCUACGACACUCCCCCCUCCCCCGCCCCAAGUGGAGCUGACUGGGGCUGGCUGGGCAGCCCUCAGCCUCUGGCCGGAGCCUGCACGGAGGCGCGGAACUGCAGGAGGAACAUGAAGGUGGGCUGGCCAGGUGAGAGCCACUGGCAGUUGGACCCGGCUGUGGAAGACAGCCCAGUUCUAGGAGUUCCUCAGAUAGGGGGCCUUCCCCACGUGGUGCCUGAGGGGACACUGCUCAACAUGGUGCUGAGGAGGAUGCACCUGCCCCGAAGCUGCUCCUACCAGCUGCUGCUGGAGCACCGUCGGCCCAACCACAUCCAGGGGCUUCGCUGGACGCCACUCGCCAACAGCGAGGAGUCCCUGGAUUUCAGUGAGAGCCUAGAGCAGGUCUCCACCGAGCGGGUGCUCAGGGCUGGGAGGGACCUGCACCGACAUCUCCUGGCCACUUGUCCGACCCUCAUCCGAGAUCGGAAGUACCACCUCAGGCUGUAUCGGCAGUGCUGCUCUGGAAGGGAGCUGGUGGAUGGGAUCUUGGCCCUGGGGCUUGGGGUCCAUUCCCGGAGCCAAGCAGUGGGCAUCUGCCAGGUGCUGCUGGAUGAAGGCGCCCUCUGCCAUGUGAAACACGACUGGACCUUCCAGGACCGAGAUGCCCAGUUCUACCGGUUCUUGGGGCCGGAGCCCCAGCCUGUGGGACCUCAUGAGCUGGAGGAAGAGUUGGUUGAGGCAAUGGCCCUGCUCUCCCAGCGGGGACCUGAUGCUCUGCUUACUGUGGCACUUCGAAAGCUCCCAGGUCAGCGCACGGAUGAGGAGCUGGACCUCGUCUUUGAGGAGCUGCUGCACAUCAAGGCUGUGGCCCACCUCUCCAACUCGGUGAAGCGGGAGUUAGCAGCCGUCCUAGUCUUCGAACCCCACAGCAAGGCGGGGACAGUGUUGUUCAGCCAGGGGGACAAGGGCACCUCGUGGUACAUUAUCUGGAAGGGGUCUGUCAACGUGGUGACCCAUGGCAAGGGGCUGGUGACCACCCUGCACGAGGGAGAUGACUUUGGACAGCUGGCGCUGGUGAAUGAUGCACCCCGGGCGGCCACCAUCAUCCUUCGGGAAGAUAACUGUCAUUUUCUACGUGUGGACAAACAGGACUUCAACCGAAUCAUCAAGGAUGUGGAAGCAAAGACCAUGAGGCUGGAAGAGCAUGGCAAGGUGGUGCUGGUGCUGGAAAGGACCUCUCAGGGUGCUGGCCCUUCACGCCUGCCAAGCCCAGGCAGGAACCGGUACAAGGUGAUGUCUGGCACCCCAGAGAAGAUCCUAGAGCUGCUGCUGGAGGCCAUGCGGCCGGAUUCUACUGCUCAUGACCCAACAGAGACGUUCCUCAGUGACUUCCUCCUGACCCACAGCGUCUUCAUGCCCACCGCCCAGCUCUGCACUGCCCUGCUGCACCACUUCCACGCGGGGCCAGCAGACUCUGCUGGAGGCAGUGAGCUGGAGCGCAGCACCUACAUCUGCAACAGGAGGCAGCAGAUCCUGCGGCUGGUCAGCCAGUGGAUGGCCUUGUAUGGUCCCAUGCUCCACAAGGACCCUGUGGCCACCAGCUUCCUCCAGAAACUCUCUGACCUGGUGAACAAGGACGCCCGGCUCAGUAACCUGCUGAGGGAGCAGUGGCCCGAGAGGCGGCGACACCACAAGUUGGAAAAUGGCUGUGGGAGCACCUCUCCACAGCUGAAGGCCCGGGACACACCUGUUUGGCUCCCCUGCCAGGACGAGCCUCUCCCAAGCAGCAACUGUGCCAUCCGAGUUGGGGACAAAGUGCCCUACGACAUCUGCCGGCCCGACCACUCAGUGCUGACCCUGUACCUGCCUGUGACGGCCUCAGUGAGAGAGGUGAUGGCAGCACUGGCCCAGGAGGAUGGCUGGACCAAGGGGCAGGUGCUGGUGAAGGUCAAUUCUGCAGGUGAUGCCACUGGCCUGCAGCCCGAUGCCCGUGGCGUGGCCACUUCCCUGGGGCUCAACGAGCGGCUCUUUGUUGUCAACCAGCAGGAAGUCCACAAGCUGACCCCACACCCUGAGCAGCUGGGGCCCACUGUGGGCUCUGCAGAGGGGCUGGACAUGAUAAGUGCGAAGGACCUGGCAGGGCAGCUGACAGACCAGGACUGGAGCCUGUUCAACAGCAUCCACCAGGUGGAGCUGAUCCACUAUGUGCUGGGCCCCCAGCAUCUGCGGGACGUCACCACAGCCAACCUGGAGCGCUUCAUGCGCCGCUUCAAUCAGCUGCAGUACUGGGUGGCCACAGAGCUCUGUCUCUGCUCUGUGGCUGGCCUGCGGGCCCAGCUGCUGAGGAAGUUCAUCAAGCUGGCAGCCCACCUCAAGGAGCAAAAGAAUCUUAACUCCUUCUUUGCUGUCAUGUUUGGCCUUAGCAACUCGGCCAUCAGCCGCCUGGCCCACACCUGGGAGCGGCUGCCCCACAAAGUCCGGAAGCUGUACUCUGCCCUAGAAAGGCUGCUGGACCCCUCGUGGAACCACCGAGUAUAUCGACUAGCCCUCGCCAAGCUCUCCCCUCCCAUCAUCCCCUUCAUGCCCCUUCUUCUCAAAGACAUGACCUUCAUCCACGAGGGAAACCACACACUGGUGGAGAAUCUCAUCAACUUUGAGAAGAUGCGGAUGAUGGCCAGGACCGCGAGACUGCUGCACCAUUGCCGAAGCCACAGCACCGUGCCUCUCUCACCACUCCGGAGCCGAGUUUCCCACCUCCAUGAGGAUGGCCAAGCAUCAAGGAUUUCCACGUGCUCGGAACAGUCCCUGAGCACCCGGAGUCCAGCCAGCACCUGGGCUUAUGUCCAGCCGCUGAAGGUCAUCGACAACCAGAGGGAACUCUCCCGCCUCUCCCGGGAACUGGAGCCCUGAGGAGGGGCUGGGGCCACAGCAGGCGCCUCCCAAAAGCAGGGCAGGCCCGGGCCAAGGGGCCCACGGCCGGCUGCAGCUGGGCAGGGCUCUCCGAGAGUGGACUCAAGGCCCUGGAGCGGGCAGCGUGGAGAGAGCUGGCCUCUGUGAUGACUGGCGGCUGAGGAAGACCGCAGAGUGGAACUGCGCUGGGGCCCACGGCCAAGGAAUGGGGGCCAGCACGGCUGAGGGAGUGGGUGGGAGAGCAGGGCAGGCCCUGGACUCUGUUCAAUAGAGAGCUCUCCUCACCAAGGUUUUUGCAGCUUCUAGGCCUUGUGGCUCUGUCGUGCAGGGCCAGGCCCGCAUUUGUUUUCGAAGUGGAGAGAGACUGCAGACGCACAGCAUGUGCGUGUGGCAGGGGCUGGGGCCGCCCGCCCCGGAGGGCGGGAGCCUGGGAGACCGGGAGACGGGAGUCCUGCUUUUCUUUCCAAAGCAUCUGAGAUAAACAGCUGGGUGUGGGCGGGGCUGUUCGGCAGGGAGUGGUGGUCCCUGAGGAGCUUUAUUGUUCCCACAAGCUAACAAAGAUAUAUGUGUUCUGCGGCCAGCCAUGCGGGGGCGUGGCAGAGAAGGGGCCGCUGGGCAGGGGGCAAAGCUCCAGAAUGGCUGACUGUUUCCCAGAUGUGCGCCUGCGCCCCGGGCCCCAGGCAGCCAGAGAAACGGAAACCAUCAGCUCUCCACGGUGGAGACCAUAGAGUCGAGAUGCAACUAGCAUUCUCCCUUCUUCCUCCUAAUUCCAGUCCCUGUUCCCGGUGUUUGCUCUGAAUGGAGGCCUCCAAGGGAGCUAGGAAAGAAUGGAGAAGGUGCUGAGGGCUAGGCUGCUGAGGAUGGCAUCCCUCCUCAGGUCUACCAGCCAUCCAGAAGAUUAGGACUUAGCCUCUAGCAAGCUCUGUUCUGUUAGGACCUCCUUUCCCUGCCCCUGCAGCCAUCCCCAGGAACCCAGAAGCUCCGGGCAGGAACUGCACCCUCUCUCUUCUCCUUGCCCUGGACCCUAGCAGCGGCAGGUACAUUGUCUGGCCUGAGAGAGACCUCACAGCGUCCAGGAUGAGCCUGAAUGGGCUCUGAGGCAGCAGGGCCCUGGGGUGGCUGCCCCUCUGCAGCAGUGGGGGCAGCUGGUGUGGUCCUCGCUUGGCAGAUGUAGCAGCUGGCUCAGGCAAGGCACACCUGUCUCCCCCUGACCCAGAUGCUGCCAGAUUCCUCUCAGCCCAAGGUCAUGGGCGCACAUGUCAGCAGGGCGGCAGAGCCAUUGGGAGGGAGGCAGCACAGCUGGGAUUAUACCUAAGGUUUCUUAUCAGCCUGAUCAAGUCAGUUCAUUUCUCCAUCUGUAAGAAAUGUAUAAUGAUUGCCAUCCCGCUGUUAGUGAAAAAACUGCAGUUCCUGCCUCUGCAGCAGAGAUGACCAGCACAAGCAGUCCUAUGUCUGAAGCCUGAUGAAGGGGCAGUAUCACCUAGGUGAAGCCUGAGGUGGACACUGAGGUGGAGCCCAUGGCAGGUGUGUUAGUUACCUUGCUGUCACUGAUGACAUACCCCACACCUGCAACUUAAAAGAGGAAAAGUUUAUUUUGAGUUGCAGUUUCAGGGGGUUCAGUCCAUGGUCAGCAAGGUCCGAGGCAGAAAUGGCAUGGUGAAAAAACAUGAAAUCAUGUUGUCAUGGCUGCCAAGAGGAGAGAGAAAGGGAGAAAGGAUGGGGAGAAGCCAGGGACAAGAGUGCACCCUUCCAGGUCAACCGGCCCCCCCCGCCUUGCCCCGUGACCCACCACCUCUAACCAGGCCCCACCUGCUAACAGCAAGUCAGGCAUGCACUCCUCAGCGGUCUAAUCCACUGGCAACUAUAGUGCCCCAGGAUCCAAUCCCUUUCAAUCACAUGAGACUUUGGGGGAGCGGGGUCGAGGACACUUAGAUCCAAACCGUAAUAGCAGGGAUCACCAAACCAGUUAUCUUGCCUCUGGGUGGGGAUGGUGCCUCAUGGGGCAUGGGCAGGAAGCUCAUUGAGCUGAGUAGUUGUGACCACACCUUGGUGAGUCAGGAGUCACAGGAGCUUUCUUUCUUCUCUUUUAACUGCGUUGCGUGGGUGUUUUGGCCAAACCCACACCAAUCAGCAACCCACGGUUGUCCUGCAGCUUUGCAGACACCAGUUCAUACCCACAUUUCAGUGGAACUUCUCUGCUACACAUGGGUUUUCUACCUUGGAUGACCCUCAGCUUCUGCUGCCUUAGCCCCUCAGGUGGGACACCUGAGCCUAUUGGGAGAAUAGUGCCCUGGGAAGGCUGGAGGAUGAUUGGGAGCAGAAGGCUGAGGAGAGGGCAGAGCCUUACAUGGUGGCCUCAUGACUACCCAGGCAUGGGGUGAGAGUAGGAAAACAUCGUCUCCUGCCCCUUAGCAGCCCAUGGUGUGUGGAGGUUCCCAAUCGUAUCCCAGCUUCAGGAUGGCAUGUUGGAUGGAGAAAUUCAUGGGUCUGUUGGUGAGAGAGAGAGUAGUAUAGUUAGAUCCAUGCUUUAAAAGAAAAAUACUUAAAAGAAGGAAAAGGAGAGUGGAGUGUGUGUCCUAUGGGGAAGGACAGAAGAGAAGGGUCGUUCUUGUACCCGUGCACACACACACACCCCUUUUGCCCUGAGCUUUCCUGUGAGGGCUGCAAGCAGGGUACAAGUGAGCAGGGUUAGACUCUAGCAGGCAGGACCUAGGGAAAGGGUGGAGCGGUUCUGGGGGCUUCUACCAGCCCUUCCCACCCCUGCCCCCCCAGGCCACAUCACAUGGACGUGGAGCCCAUGGCCCGCAUCUCCCCUUUCACUUCUGGCUUAGAGUGGGGUGAGGGAUAGAGCUGUUCCCACAGGCCUGGAGACUCUGUGUCCCCAGUGACACUUGGCCUCUGGCCACUCUCUUUCCCAGGCAUUAAAGAUUUGUCUUUCAAGCUGGGGAUUUAGCUCAGUGGUUCCGCCACCUGCCCCGAAAGCGCAAGGACCCUAGUUCGAUCCCCAGUACAAAAAAAAAUAAUUAUCUUUUAAUGUUGCUGUUAUUCACAGGAUUUGUGACAGCAGCAGACUGAGAUUUGAUCAGUGUUUCCGUCCUUGCCCUUCACACUUUCACAUCUAUGACCUUGUUUCUACCCUGAUGAUAGAUGGGUACUACAGAUAUUUUUACCCCUGUUUCAUACCCAAAGAAACCGAGGCACAGAUUUGCCUAAGUUCACAUUGCUAUAGGGGCAAUAAAUAUAACUCCCAACUUGCUGAAUGUCA